AUGCCCAGCGGCGUAAUUGUGGUGGACGUGCUCGUGGUACUUGUUGUAACCGUCGCGCUGGUUGUAGAGCUGAUUGUGACUGUAACUGAUGUGGCCGUGACACUUGUGCUUGUAGAGGUGUGGGUGGUGACAGUACUACUUGUAGCACUGCUAGUGGUGGUGACACUAGACGUGACACUUGAAGUCACAGAGGUGCUUGUAAGUGUUGUUGUGACGCUGCUGGUUGCAGUCAAGCUGGAGGUGACCGUGCUGGUGGCUGUUGAUGUCUUCGUUGAAGCUGUCUCUGUUGUGCUUGUGGUUGUGCUAUGGGUGACAGUCGUAGUUACCGACGUUGUGGCUGUCUUGGAGGUUAUGGUGGUCGUCACGCUUGUUGUGCUG